AUGAAGGGUGGCACGGCGCGGGGUUGGAUCAACUUGGAUGUGACGGAGCAAUCCAAUCAUGCCCCCGGCAGCCAUCCUCGGCGCUUACGCCCCCUGCCAUCACGUCGAUCCGUCCAACCACAUCUCGGGAAGCCCUUGAUGCUCCCGCCUCCUCUGCAGACGACAUUAAUAGCCACGAGCCAUUUUGGGCGCUAUUUUAUCGUCGCCAUCAUGCGAGUGCGACCGCUUCGCAGGCGUCGUGCCUGGGUGUUCAGCAAGUCAGAGUCCAGAGCACACGGUCAGCGCCAAUCUCGACGCACUGCCGAACUUCACCAGCCGCUAUAUACCCUUUGUACGCCGCAUAUCCGUGCCUUUCCAUGUAACUUCUCCAUCACAAUGUGUUUCGGACCCUCCUCCAGGAGGUAA